AUGUAUCGAUUACUUAGCAUCUGUUUGUUUCUUAACAGUGUUCAAAUAGAAGAUGGCAGUAAAAGUGAAGCUGAACAUCACUCAACUAAACACCAACACCAACAACAACAAGAAACAGAUGAAGUGUUGCCUAGCACGGGCAUAAAAUCUGGCAAAUAUAGAUCAUUCCGUAAACAUCCAUUCCGUUGGUCAAGUCGUACAAGAUCAUCAUCACAUAAGAAAAUAAUUUCAACACAAACACAAUCGUCUGCUGGACAAAAUGAUCAAUAUAUUGACAAAGAUAAGCAUAUAAUUUAUUUAUCUUCAAGUUCUUUACAAGCAGCGACACCAGUUAAAUCAAUACGCAAUGCAAGAAUGAAUAAAUUUAUGAAAAGUCAUUUGAGUUAUACCACUGCUGCUGCUGAUGAUAAUAAUAAUAAUAAUAAUAAUAAUGCAUCAAAUAAUUAUCAUCAACCAACUGAUGAACAACAUCCAUGUAUCCUGUCUAGUCGAAUAAAUACAUUGAAUUCAAGUUGUAGUUUAUUGGAUAGAAAAAAUAUACUGCACAAUUCCAAAGAAGACGAUUAUGUAACAAUUUGGUCGUUAUCCGUUGGACAAUUAAUGAUAUUGCGAAAAUUAGCUCUUAUACAAUUGGCUAGUAUAGCUGAGAAACAUUGUUCCGUCAAUCGAUCCCCAUUUAGUUGGCGUUUUAUGAAAUAUCGAGCACUGUUAACCAUUGGUGGUGACUCAAACUAUCAUCUAUUCAAUUCGUUGAGUACAUUUCCAUUAUCUGAUAAGAAAGCAUUUUCCAUUAUAAAUAAUGAAAUUUGUAUGAAUAAUUUGAAUUCAAAUGAUCAAGCAACUAGUUCACAUCAUCAUCAUCAUUACUAUUCAACAAAAUCACCAAGUUAUGAACGUCUGCCUCAAUUAUCAAUUCAUUAUUGUGCACCUUAUACUGGACCAGUGUUUGGUCAAUCAUUAUCGAAUUGGCAACAUUGUUUAGGUUAUCCUUUACCACCAGCUAUUAUACAUAUGAUGGAUCAUUUAGAAUUAAAUGGUACUACAGCGCAUGGACUCUUUCGACGUCCAGGUGGUAAAUCAAGAAUAUUAGCAUUAAGAAAAGAGAUUGAACAUGAUAUAAAUUGGAAUGAAUUCAAUGAUUGGCAACCAUAUGACAUAGCUGAUUUAUUAAAACAAUUCUUUCGUGAAUUACCAGAAUGUUUAUUUACUAGUAAAUUAGCUACAGUACUUGUUAAUGUUUAUAUAUGUGUUCCAAAUUCAGUACAAAUUGAUUUACUUCGUUGGAUAUUAAUUAGCUUACCAGAUGAAAAUCGUCUUGUUCUACAGAAAUUAUUAUAUUUACUCAACCAUUUAUCACGUCAUAGUGAUGUAACUGAAAUGAGUGCCAGUAAUUUAGCUGUUUGUUUCGCACCCUCCUUGUAUAGAUUAAUUAAACCAUCACCUUUAUCUAAUCAAGGUGUAAGUCUUAGUCCAAGACGUUUAAGACGUACAACUAGUGGACCAGAUCCAAAAGAUUUAGCUGAUCAACAUGCUGCACAAUUAAGUUUAAGUGCAAUGAUUACAUUGGCACCGAACUUAUUUCAAAUCUCCUGCUCUUUGUUAGAUCAUUCAACUCUGUUGACUAAUUUAACUCCAUUGGCACAAGAUUUAGAAUCAUUGAUACCAAAUGGUGAUUGGCCACAAUGGAUACAAAAUUCAUUGUCUGAUCUUAUACGUGAAUGUUCGUCAUCAAAAUCGAAAGGAUGGAAUACAAUUAAUCGUGAUGUUAUGAAGCAUUAUAACGUUGAUUUGGGUACUAAUGAAUCAUUGAGUGAUUUUGAAAUUCAUUACAAAAAGCUGCCAAAUGCAACUGAAUCAAAAAUCACAUCAAAUACAUUACGUUUAUGGCGUUGUUCAUUAGACAUACCAGAAACCGAUCCACGUGUAAUUUUAAAUCGAUUUGUCGAAACUAGAUCAUCAUGGGAUCCAGAAAUUGUACAAAUGACAAUAGUUGAUCAAAUAUCUGACAGUGUUGAUCUAUGUGAAUUACAUUUAGCUUCAUUGUAUCCACAACCAAAAUGUCUUUUACAAUUAUUACGUGGUAUACAAUACACAUUAAAUGAUGGCGGUUGUGCUAUGUUAAGUGAAUCAAUUUAUAAUUCUGCAUUUUCUCAUAUCAACAAUACUACUUAUUCUUCUACUUCAACAACAUUAUCAAUCAAUCAAUCAACCAAUGUUUUAGGUCAUGUCUAUGAAGAUCAUGUUUAUAUUCGUCCAGAUAAUAAUGGUCAAGGCUGUCGUGUCUAUUUAUUAUCUCGAGUUGAUGUAAAAGGAUAUGGACCUGAUUGGUAUGUAAAUCAAUGGGGUCAUGCACUAUGUCGACGAUUAAUGAAUUUACGACGAUCAUUUCAAAUUUCGAAAUCACCAAUAUUAUUGUAUGAAUUAGAAGAUGCACAAUGUAGACCUUCUCCACCGCCGUAUUCUACUGUUACAACUACUACAACAACAACAACCAGUACUACUGCUGCUGCUGUAAGUACACAAGUACCAAUUUCCUCGUCAACACUCGACACAUCAUCCAUAUCGACUGAUAUAAUAAUUGAUCGACUUUAAAUAUGAUCAAAGCAUCAUUUUAGAUCGAUAAAACAAAUUUACCGCUCAUGAAUUGAACAUAGAUUUCUUUUUUUUUCCAUUUGUACAUACCAUUUUCAAGAACUGUUUGUACUCAUGAACAACAUCCUCUUUAUUCACAAUUCCUUGCAUUCAGAUAAUUUAAAAAUAUCUGUAUAGCUAUAUAGACAGAUAGAUAUACAGAUAUAUAUUGAAUAUUGAACAAAAUCUUUUUAACAUUUGUAUGUUACAAACUGUAUGUAUACAAUACAACACAAUAAUGUAUAUAUAGGUGUGUGUGUAUGUAUGAAUGUGUGCGUGCCUUGUUCCUUGUUUAUUUCUGUUUUACUGCAAAAAUCCAACUGCCCAAUUGUAUACUGUACACAGACAGAUGUAUACAUUCACGCACACACAUAUACAUAUUUAUAUACACAUAUAAAUGCGAGUAUGGUUGUAGUAGUAGUAGUAGUGGUAGUACAUGUUUCUGUAACUACUUUCAACCUGUUCUCUUGAAAAAAGUAUUUUACAGCUGAAAAUCUAACUCAUCACUUAGUGUUGUUGUAUCUGAAUUAGAUUCAUUUCAUAUGAAAAUAAAUAAAACUGAUAUUUAAAAAAAGAGAAUAAAAACAGCAUAAGAACAUUAUUGAAAAUUACUCUGUUCAUGAAUAAAUAUGUAACAUGUAUAUAUAGAAUGAUUAUUUAUAUAUCAACACUAUGUAAUCAUGUACACACACACACACACACACAUUUCAGAUGAUUGUGCCAAUGAGCAUAAUUAAAGGGGGAAAUCUUAGUGAUGCUUGCCUAUAAAAGAAGUGAAUUAGUCGAAAUAAACACUUGUACAUAAAUUAAUUUUAAAAAAGAACAAUCAAUCAAUCAGUCUUCGUCGUUUGAAUAAAAUUUAAUGUUUCAUGGAUUUUUUUCUGUUUGACUUAUUGAAUAAUAAAUAGAUGACUAGAUGUCAAGUUUGUUUGAUUAUUUAUCGAGAACCAGUUAGCGCUUAAUUUCAUCAUGAUACUUUUCAUACUUACAUGUAAAGAGAGAGGAGUAUUAUGAUUAUUAUUGUUAUUAUUUUUUCUAUUUGAAAUGUAUAAAACUCCUCUCUGUCUUUGUCGUCUCAUUUCUUUCAAUCAAUUGUGUUUAUGUGUGAGUGUGUGUUUAUUUAUUUUCUUUUUGUUAAUAAUAUUAAACAAGAAUUAUUUUCAUCAUUUUAUUUGAAUUCUGUUAUAUAUAUGAAUGAAGUCGUUUGCAAUUAUUAUUAUGAUUAUGAUUAUUGGUUUUUUGUUUAAAUUACCUCACGAUCACAAUCACCAUGGUAUUUUUCACUACUUCUUUUUCACUUAUCCUUUUUAUUUUUCAUUCACAAAAUCCUAUUUCUGUAAUGCAAAUAUUAUCAUGUCUUUCUAUGUAACUAUUGUUGAAUGUGUUUAAUAUGGUUGAUUGAAAAUCCAAUGCUAUUUAUAAAAUUGAAAAAAAUAUAUAUAUAUAUAUACCAUUCU